UCCUUCCCUGCUGUUUCCUGGCUGUUUCUUCCACUCGACCUCACCUCUCUUCUUCUUACUCUUCCCUCUUCCUCUCCUCCAUCCAUCCAUCCAUAAAUUCUCACAAUGGACAAGAUGGACAAGUCCCAGCCUGGCCUGGCCUCCCAUACGGAGAACGCCUCCGCCGGCUCCUCCAGCCACAUCGACUCCACCUGCAAAGGACGCAUCGCCGGUGGAAAAUACCUCGAGGGCCUCGAUGACAGCUCUGCCGCUGCUCAGGCAGACGGCCCCCUACAGACCGUCGACUUCGACAUGCCGUUAACACAGACCGAACGCAUCGUCCAGGACGGCAACCAGUACAUCGUCCUCGACUUCGUCCCCGGAGACAAGGAGAAUCCGUUCAACUGGGAUGGCAAAUACAAGGCUUUUAUCUCCGCCCUGCUCUGUCUGAUGACCCUGUUCAUCGGUCUCGCCACGACAGCUUACAGCUCUGGAUUGGGUGAUAUGGCUUCGGAUCUGGGUGUGACCGAGGAGAUUGCCGAACUGGGUCUCUUCCUCUUCAACUUCAUUUGCGCCCUCGCUCCCCUCUUCCUGGCCCCCUUCUGUGAGUUGGCGGGUCGUCGUGUCGUCUACGUCGGAGCCUACUUCUGCUUCGUCAUCAUGUUCAUCGGUCUCGCCCUGGGUAAGAACAUCGGCACCAUCCUCGUCUGCCGUGCCCUGCUCGGUCUGUUCGGUUGCGUCGGUACCAUCCUGGUCGGUGGUACCUUCGGUGAUAUGUACUACCCUCAGGACCGCGCCAUUCCCGUCGCCACCUUCUCGUGGAUCGCCAUCUUCGGUACCGUGGCCGCCCCGAUCUAUGCCGGCUUCAUCGACCAGGCCCUCCACUGGCGCUGGGUGGAAGGUAUCCAGGGUCUGGCCAACAUCCCGCUCGCCCUGGUCAUCCUGUUCUUCCUCCCCGAGACCCGUGGUAGCGUCGCCCUCGGCAAGCGGGCCAAGCUGCUCCGCAAGAACACCGGCGACGACCGCUACGUGACCGAGAACGACCUCGAGGCCCCCUCGCUGAAGCACAUGCUGCACAACUCCUCGGUCAAGGCGAUCAAGAUGCUCAUCACCGAGCCCGUGGUGUUCGCCUUCGGUCUCUGGAUCGCCUUCGCCUGGUUCCUGACCUUCCUGUUCCUGUCGGUCAUCCCCAUCACCUUCCAGGAGAAGAAGGGCUGGAACGAGGGCGUGUCCGGCCUGCCCUACAUCGGCCUCUGCAUUGGCUGCACCAUCGGCUUCGGUCUCAACUUCUUCCAGAUCCGCAAGUACAACGCCCUUUUCCAGGCGGGCCAGGCCCGCCCCGAGUCCCGUCUGUACGGCGCCCUCUUUGGUGCCGUCUGGCUCCCCAUCGGCCUCUUCAUCUACUCUUUCACCCAAUACGCUGACCUGCCCUGGAUCGCCCCCGUCAUCGCCCUGGUGCUGAUCUGCAUCGGUAUCUUCUUCAUCUUCGAGAGCUGCUACAGCUACACCUCCGACUGCUACGGCGAGAGCUCCUCCUCCGCCAUCGCCGGCCAGGGUUUCAUGCGGAACACGCUGGGUGCCGUCUCGCCCCUGUUCGCCUCGCAGUUCUUCCACAACGUGGGCAGCCAGUACGCCGGGUUGAUUCUGGCUUUGAUCGCCACCGCCCUGACCCUCAUCCCCUACGUGCUGUUCAUGUACGGCCCCAAGCUGCGGGCCAAGUCCAAGCUGGCGAGUCUUGUCAGCCACGCUGGGGAGGACAACGAGAAGGUCUAA